AUGUCAGGUAUUGAACAUCUUCCAUUAAUAAGGGGCCCCGUUUCCCAAUACAGAGCCAGGUAUCAAAGUUUCACAUUCUUGGGCUCUACAAGCUUGAACUCAUCAAAAUUUUCUUUUUCCUCUAGGGCAUUUAGCUCAUAUCCUCAGGAUAAUUUCGCCGAUCUUUUUGCCCGAUCUGCUUUUGGUAAACUUUCGCCAGAGGCAAAUCAAAUGAUUAUCAUCGAUAAGAGCAAGGGAUUUCUUCCAUACGCCUCUUUCCUGAAAAGACCCAUCCCUUCUAUUCACGGGAAACAUUUAUUUGGGACCAUAUCCUGUAUCCCUGAGAAGACCCAAAAAAAAUCCGAAAUUGCGAUUUCCUUGAAGGAAUCUGUAGAUGGAAAGUCCUUUUUCUUUGAUGCUCCGUUCGGUGAAAUUGAUUAUGUCGACAGAACCGCAGAUUACUUGCGGUACAAGUUUUUAGAAUCGCUCUCGAUAACGAUUGGCAUCACUCAUGUAAAAAGAAAAUCGAAACCCACCACCUCGUCAUCUCCAGACUUGCAUGCGAAUAGCUUAUUGCUUGAAAAUCGAACCGAAAAUGAUUUGGACGCCCUUCUAUAUCAGCUCUCACAAAAAGCACGUCGUACAUGGGAAGAUAAAGUAUCGAGAACCGUCUCACGAGAGGAAAUAUUCAAGUUAUCGUCAACCGUUCGAGAGCCUCCAGCUGCAAAAAAGUAUUCUAUCCACCAGCCUCCAAAAUCACUUCAUGGACCGUUGCUAUGUGCAUCUAUUGCAGCAAAUGCUAUGCCGGAUCGAUUGCCGAACACCAAUAAUGAUUUAGAAGCUACGGCAACCUCCACAUCUUGUCCUUCUUCUGCCGAAACUUUGAAUUCUACCCAAUCGUCGUUGCAAACGGAUAAUUCAAAGCUUCGGGUUAGGGGGAAAAUCGUGGGCUUCUCCAGUGGGGCACAAGGAUAUGCUGUAAGUGUGGCAGGGUGGAUUGCAUAUUUGCCGUGUUCGCAGGCUUUUCUUCAACAACUACAGGCAGAGUUAACACCUACCUCAUUUCUUUCGAAAUUUUUAAACGUCCCAUUGGAUUGUCUAUAUGUAAAGUCCUGUCUUUUAGACACAGAUUCAGGGACUCCGCUAAUAACGCUUUCCAUUGAUAUCUCCGAGGUUUCCAAGAUGCUCCAACAUGAGCAUGCUACCAUGACCUCCCAGGAAACCGCGAUUUAA